GAUUUAAAAGUUCUGGCGGUACAUUGCAACUCGAGGACGCAUUGUUUUGUCUCUCCAUUCUUUCUUCUAUCCCUCUUAUCGCUCUCUCUCUCUCUCUCUCUCUCUCUCUCACAAGCCACAAUCUUCAAACUCCUACCGUCGACAACAACCGUUGGGCCCCAAAUGAGCGGCUGAGAUUCAUCGAAAACCAACAUUAACUCCGUUGAGGCAAAGAAAGUAGCUAGCUAUAUAUGGCCAUCAAAGCUCCGCCAUCGACGGCCGUUGAUUCGGCAUCCAACAGUGAGAAGGCGAGUUCAAGUGCUUCAGAGCCUGCUGAAGAGAAACUUGGAACAACCACAGGCACUGAAGCAGCUACUGCUUCAAUGGGUGAUUAUGGUGGCCCCGAGUACCAAAACCUUGAAGAAGGACUUCCAAGAAUUGAAAACCUCCGAAAAGUUUCCAUCAUCCCCCUCAUAUUCCUAAUCUUUUACGAGGUCUCUGGAGGCCCUUUCGGUAUUGAGGACAGCGUCCAAGCUGCGGGCCCUCUCUUAGCCAUUGUUGGCUUCUUCGUCUUUCCAUUCAUUUGGAGCAUCCCUGAAGCCCUAAUCACCGCAGAAUUAGGUACAAUGUUCCCCGAAAAUGGAGGGUAUGUAGUGUGGGUUUCUUCGGCUUUGGGCCCUUUCUGGGGUUUUCAACAAGGUUGGAUGAAAUGGCUAAGUGGUGUUAUUGACAAUGCACUUUACCCGGUUCUAUUUUUAGACUAUCUCAAGUCUGGGAUCCCAGCUCUAGGUGGAGGAUUGCCUAGAACUUUUGCAGUGUUGAUCUUGACAGUUGCAUUAACGUACAUGAACUAUAGAGGAUUGACCAUAGUUGGAUGGGUUGCGGUUUGCCUUGGAGUCUUCUCACUCCUUCCUUUUAUCGUUAUGGGGCUUGUUGCUAUACCAAAAUUGAAGCCUAAAAGAUGGUUAGUUGUGGAUUUACGUAUUGUGGACUGGAAUUUAUAUUUGAACACUCUCUUUUGGAACUUAAACUAUUGGGAUUCAAUUAGUACUUUGGCCGGAGAAGUUGACAAUCCUAAGAAAACUCUUCCAAAGGCUCUCUUGUAUGCUGUAGUAUUAGUUGUUAUUAGUUAUCUGUAUCCUAUCCUAGCUGGAACUGGGGCAGUUCCACUAAAUAGAGAUCUUUGGACAGAUGGGUAUUUUUCUGACAUUGCGAAAAUUGUUGGUGGAGCUUGGUUGAGUUGGUGGAUUCAGGGGGCUUCUGCUUUAUCAAACAUGGGAAUGUUUGUUACCGAAAUGAGCAGCGAUUCCUAUCAGCUUCUUGGUAUGGCGGAGAGAGGAAUGCUUCCGGAACUUUUCAGCAAGAGGUCUCGACAUGGAACUCCUCUUGUAGGUAUUUUGUUCUCGGCUUCUGGAGUGCUUUUAUUGUCUUGGAUGAGCUUUCAAGAGAUUGUUGCUGCGGAGAAUUUCCUCUAUUGUUUCGGGAUGAUCUUGGAAUUCAUUGCUUUCAUAAAAUUGAGGAUGAAGUACCCAAAUGUGCCUCGGCCUUACAAAAUACCUUUGGGGACGGUUGGUUGUGUUUUGAUGCUACUUCCUCCCACUGCAUUGAUUUGUGUAGUACUAGUUCUUUCUUCAUACAAAGUUAUGUUUGUGAGUCUCGGAGCGAUGGUCAUUGGACUUGUAUUAUAUCCGGGUUUAAGAUUUGUAGAGAAGAAGAGAUGGUUAAGGUUUUAUGUUAGUGCUGAUCUUCCGGAGUUUGGAGCUCCUGAAAGUGAAAAUAAUGCCGAGACUCUGGAUUCUAUUUUGAGGUCCAACAACCAAAGCCCAUUCGAGGAAAAAAAAAAGAGAGAAGAAAGAAUUGUAAGUAUUGGUGGUUUCUCCUCUUGGGAGUGGGGUUGCACAGACCCUAGACCAGUAGAGCUCCAUCGAAGAACAGCAGCAGAAGGUGGACCCAGCGAAUCCGUUCUCCAUCACUGCCACUAAAGCUGCUUGGUCUGGACAAGCCGAAGAAGUUAGUGGUCUCUGCAAGCACGAGGCUGAUGCAGUGCUGCUGUGAUGAAUGACGCCGCUGGUGCUAUCCAUGUUGUAUCUCAAAAGUCAGAAGGGCCGGGUCACCUUUUAAGUAGUUCGAACCAUUUUAGCUGUUGGUGUCUCUGGUGUCUGCACAAAGCUACUGACAGAAAAGGCCUUCACUCCUCUUCACUAUGCUGUUCAAGGAUCUCAUUUUGAACUUGUCAAAUACUUAGUAAGAAAAGGCUCAAACCUCUAUAGACAGCUUGUGAACAGUGAAGAAGUUGGGUCAUUUUUCGUAGAGCAUGAGCAGUCAUUAAAGAAAGGGGCUGACCCUAAGGAGCAGCAGUCUCCCAUUGAACAUGCUGAGAUGGGUUCUGAUGCUAAAGAGGAAGAGGGUGAUGUGAGGGAGGAGGAAAGAAGAAAAGACUGCUGAAGGAAGUUUGGGAGGAUCAAGAAGGCCAGAGUUUCUCUUCAACAUCUAGUUUCUGAAGACGAUGCUGAAAAUGGAGAGGAGCAACAGACCCUUGUAUAAGAAAGGGAUCGUCCCACAAAUUUUAUUCCCUAUGCUUAGCGACAAAAUGGUGUGACGGAGAGGAGCAAUAGAAUGUUGCUUGACAUGGUGAGGUCCAUGAUAAACAGCACUUAAUUAAUAUCCUUUUGGGAGAUGACUAUUGUCUAUGUAUUAAAUCGUGUGAUUUCCAAGAUUGAUUCCACAUUCUAUGGAAUUUUAGAUCAAUGAGAAACCUGAUUUGGGCAAUUUGCGCCCAUGGGGGUCGGCGGG